AUGAAGAUGAUGCUGGCGGUUGGAUUCGGUUGUUGGUUGUUCCUUUUGCACGGAUGCUGGGUAUCGGUUGAUGCACAGGAACCUGGAAACAGUUCCGCGUGUCCUAAUGACGAGCGAUUUAACCUCACAGCUUACUACGAAAUGCCACCGCUCUACCUGUACGACGACUACGAUCGUUGCUUGGCAAAGCCCGGAGCCAUCUACUGUCUGGUCGAUGGUUGGAUAGUACCGAAUGCUAGUAAUCCCCUCUGGACGGUGAUACAACACUUUUCAGCCGACACAAAACGUAGCUUCCGGCACGAUCAGCUUCAGCGGGGUCUCUGCAUGGAUCGGUGUCACCAGUUAAUCGACCGAUUUGAUCAUCGGACGCAGAUGAAGUACUUCCUAGCACGCUUCGAUUCAACCGCUGCCAAGGAGAUCACGUUCGAUCCGAACACGUUCCGGGGGGCGCUCGAUUGGCGCAACCGUUACCGCCGAUUAGCCAAUCAGUGUGUCAAUUACGAGCUCAAGCGUCAAUACGCCCUGAUGGCGUACUCUACCGUGGAGUACUGCACGACACGAGGGACCCCGGGUGACAUCGAAGAAUCCACGUCCCAAGCACCAGCAUCUUUAGAUAGCGUAGACGUGCUGUUUCUAGUCGUCCUUGGAAUGCUGCUUCUCCUCGCAACGCUCUCCACGAGCUACGAUUGCCACCGGCAUCGAAUGCGACCAUCGAGCGGAAUGGAAUCCGAUCGGCUGAAGGAUUACUAUCGAUCCGAUGGAACGAUGGGGCUGACCGACCGGUUGCUGGUGGCCUUUUCUCUUCCACGCAACUGGCACACGCUGACUGGCACGGUUCCGGGGAAGAAACACCCGCCCACCGGCCCACCAUCAUCACGGGAUGACCUUCGCUUCUUCCAUGCCGUCCGCUUUCUCAUCAUGUAUCUCGUUAUCGCGGGUCACUCGAUGCUGUUCAACUGUAUCCUUCCGCUGCUCAACCCCGAGUACGUCGAGAUGCACUAUCGACGCUUUGUGACGAUGCUGAUCCUGAACGGUGUCACCGUGGUGCAAACUUUCUUCACGAUCAGUGGCUUCCUGUUGGUGAUUCAAUUUACCGGCGCGUUCACCGGUCAGCGCCGCCCAUUCGGUUGCCGUGAGAUGGUUCAGUGUAUCCUUUAUCGGUUUCUAAGGUUAACGCCGGUGUACGGGUUUAUGAUGCUGCUGGAUGCCACCUGGUUGAUCCGGUUACAGGAUGGACCGAUCUGGACGCGUCUGGCCGAAACGGAACGUACCUUUUGCCGCAGCAACUGGUGGGCGAACGUGCUGUACGUCAACAAUUAUCUCACGGUAUCGGAACCGUGCCUUCAGCAGAGCUGGUACCUGGCGACCGAUUUCCAGCUCUUCAUUCUCGGAUUGCUGCUGCUCGGCCUCACGCUGCGUUAUCCGAAAGCGCGGACACCACUGUUUGUGCUCGCUUCGGUCGCCUCCAUCCUUGCACCGGCCAUCGUAACGUACGUGCAGCACUUCGAAGGGGUGGUGAUGCUGCGACCAGAGGCCCUUAAGUACGUGCUGUGGUACGAUCCGAUGUACCGCCUGAUGUACAUCCCGACGCACACCAACGCUGGCAGCUAUCUGGCCGGUCUGAUGGGUGGAUUGAUGUAUCGCACGCUGAAACACCGUGGAUUCGAUGCUACCGACCGUCACUAUAAGCUCUUCCGUAUCCUCUGUUUCACCACACUUCCGGUAGCGAUAGCGAUACUGUUCUCGGCGUACCUCUUUUACGCGUACGAGUUCGAGAAGCCCGCCCUCUGGAUAGCACUCUAUGCCGGACUGUGCCGCAAUCUCUGGGGUCUCCUUUUUGCCAUUCUGUUCGUGGGGUUGGCACUCGGUGUUGGCGUUGGAAUCCUGCGGCGCGCUCUCUGUAGCCCCAUCUUUCGACCGUUCGGCAAGGUGACCUACUGUGCCUUUCUGUGCCAUCUCUUCAUCAUUCGCGUCACGUUGGGUAACGUGCGGCAGCCGGUUUAUGUUAGCGACAUGCGAAUCCUCGUUUCGACGUCCUCCACGCUCGUGCUGGCCUAUCUUAUGGGAAUGCUCAUGUAUCUGUUGAUUGAGGCACCCUUUUCUAAUGUUCAGAUGGCGUUCCUCUCACCGAAGCACGAGUGCGCUUACAAGGAGGAAAUACAGUUGGUUAAGAAUGGCGGAAUGGUAUCGAUGCUGGGUGCUGUAUCCGGAGAGGUAGAUACGGCGAUUGUGACAUCAUGA